CCGCUCUCUUGCUCUUCCUUCCUUCCCUGCCUGCCGGGCACUAGCUGCCGCUUCAACUCUUUCAUUCCCAUCUCUUGCUGCUCUUCCCGUCACUUUGACCUGCCGCCAUUACGACCCGUCUUUUCUCCUCUCCAAGUACCUCCUUCCCCGGACUCCUAUAGCCCACUACACUUCCUCUGGCAAUGAUCGUUUUGGUUUUGGUUUUGGCUAUGGGCUUUGUCUAUUCACCUUGAAAACCCUUAUACCCAACUUGCCACUACACCAUACGUGAACUCUUUUGGUUAAAAAACAAUACAUUUUAGAACAUCGGUACGUGAAUUCAGCUUAGCAGAGCCUAGGGUUAAGCAAGAUGCCACGAACGACCACUGUGGAGUGUCCCGGCUGCCCUCCGCUUCGAGCCCUAACCUUCGACGCUCUAGGUCUCAUCAAAGUCACAGAGUCUCGAGGCAACAGCGGAGGAAUUCCUCAGGUGGUGGAAAGAUGGGGGGAUGCCGAUUCCUCAAAGUGCGUGCUUGCUGCCUCUAUUGAUGAUCGUGCAAACGACCCAGUAUGUUGUAAAAACUGUAGCUUCUUCUUGGGUUUUCAAGUUCUGAUUUUUAGUAGCUUUGCUGGUUCUGGGGAUUGUUGUGCUUGCUUCUCUGUUGCACUUAUCAUCUCUUACACCUUUGACUGUUUAGUUUUCCAUUCUCUGCAGAUACUAGCUGUUGCGAGGAAAAAUGGCACUAUUGAAAUUUCCAAUCCUCUUAGUGGUGACAUUUUUGUGUCCAUAUCUGAUUUCGGUGACGGUGAUGGUCACCCUGAAGAUGAUGAUAUUGCUGGUUUACAUAUAUUCAAGAAGAGCAGAUCGGUGGGAUCAUGCUCUUUGCUUACAUGUACAACCAAAGGCAAUGCAAGUUUGAGGUCAGUCGACAUUGCACCUACAGAGAGCACCAACAAUGGUGCCUCUAAUUCGUGGAAAGUUUGUGCUGCUGGUAAGGUCUUAUGUGCUAAAGUCCAUGGAAGUGAAAAACAUGCUUUAUUUGGAGGGAAAGGCGUUGAAGUUAAUUUGUGGGAUCUUGAGAGCUCUACUAAGAUUUGGGCGGCAAAACCUCCUCCCAAAAACAGCCUUGACAUCUUUACCCCAACAUGGUUUACCUCUGCAACAUUCCUGACUGGGGAUGAUCACCGGAAGUUUGUGGCUGGCACCAACAGCCACCAGGUCCGUGUCUAUGAUACUUCUGCUCAACGCCGACCUGUGAUCUCUUUUGAUUUUCGGGAGACCCCUAUUAAAUCAGUUGCUGAAGAUCAUGAUGGUUAUACUAUUUAUGCGGGGAAUGGCUCUGGUGAUCUUGCGUCUAUCGACACCCGCACAGGAAAAUUAUUGGGUUGCUUUCUGGGGAAGUGUUCUGGAAGCAUAAGAUCCAUAGCCCGACAUCCAGAUCAUCCGGUGAUAGCAUCAUGCGGUCUUGACAGCUACUUGCGUUUGUGGGAUGUGAAAACAAGAGAACUUCUUUCAGCUACUUUCCUGAAACAGCAUCUCACAUGUGUCGUCUUUGAUUCCAAUUUUUCUGACAAAGAAGUAGUAGCUCCUGAUGCACAGCACGCGGAUGAGAUCCCAGAAGAAGUUGAGCAGGAAGCUUUGAAGCCUGCAAAGAGAAAAAAGUCCCCAGAAGAAAUGAAAGGCAAAAAGAAGAAAUCUAAGGAUGAUGGAAGCAAGAAAUCCAGGAAAAAGAGCCGCCAGAUGGAGAGCGAGGAGUGUGAUGUUCGUAAUACAGUAGUGUUUGAUAUCCAGCACGUUAAUGUAAAGCUUGUUACUUCGUUUUGAUCGUGAGUUUUCAAAAUAUACAGGUGGUUUUGAGCUAGAUAGAUUGCUAAAAUAUAUUGCUUAGAAGGAUGUUUGAAUACCCAUGAACUGAACUUUCAAAUUAUACAACUUGUUCUCUUUCUUUA